AUUUCAGUGGUGUAAUAACGGGAGCAAGGAGUACAGAGUACCUACUAGAAAAGUCUCGAAUAGUUACUCAGGCUUCUGAUGAAAGAAAUUAUCACGUUUUUUACGAAAUGCUUAGUGGGUUAUCGGAUUCAGAGAAAGAAAAAUAUGGUUUGCAAAGUGCCGAUAACUACUUCUAUCUCAAUCAGGGUGGAUGUUUUAAGAUCAAGCCAAAAGAUGAUGCCGAAGACUUCCGCGCUCUAUUAGCAGCUAUGCAGGUCUUAAGCUUCACAUCCGAAGAACAAGAUACCAUAUUCCGCAUUCUUGCAUCUGUACUUCAUUUAGGAAACAUUUAUUUCCACAGAAAACAAUUGAAACAUGGUCAAGAAGGAGUUGAGAUAGGCAGUGAUGCAGAAAUUAGAUGGGCAUCCCACUUACUUCAGCUAUCUUUAGAUGGAAUUUUGCGAGCGAUGACAACAAAAACAACGGAAGCCAGAAAUGAACGAGUCGUCACUCCUUUGAAUAUUGAUCAAGCAUUAGAUGCUAGAGAUGCUAUUGCUAAAGCUCUAUACUCCAGUUUGUUCUCUUGGCUAGUACAAAGAGUCAACAAUAUUGUGUUCAAAGGACCUAGGAAGACCUCUAUAGCGAUUCUCGAUAUAUUUGGGUUUGAG